AUGCCCUCGAAGUGUACAGUAGAUUCAGCUAAGACAAUUCUUUCAGUGGUCUGUGUUGUCCAGUGGUUUAUUUCACUUUUCCUUGGGUGUUUCCUGGAGAGAGGCAUCCCACAAGAAAGCCAACAUUUGCUUAUAAUCCAGCCGACUUCAGGAGCAGAGUGCGUCCUGAGCAGUGAAAAUCUCACAGUUGACGAAGCUGAGAUACUCAUUUCAUGUCAUGCAGUAGCAGAUGACACCGCCAACUCCACAAUAGCAGAUGACACCACAACCUCCACAGUAAAAGAUGACACCACCACCUUCACAAUAGCAGAUGACAACACCACCUCCACAAUAAAAGAUGACACCACCACCUCCACAGUAGCAGAUGACACCACCAUCUCCGCAACAUCAGAUGACACCACCACCUCCACAACAUCAGAUGACACCACCACUUCCACCAUAGAAGAUGACACCACAACCUCCACAAUAGCAGAUGACACCACAACCUCCACAAUAGCAGAUGACACCACAACCUCCACAAUACCAGAUGACACCUCCACAAUAACAAAUGACACCACCACCUCUACAACGGAUGACACCACCACCUCCACAGUAACAGAUGACACCACCACCUCCACAAUAACAGAUGACACCACCACCUCCACAAUAAAAGAUGACACCACCUCCACAAUAACAGAUGACACCACCUCCACAAUAACAGAUGACACUGCCACCUCCACAGCAACAGAUGACACCACCACCUCCACAAUAACAGAUGACACCACCACCUCCACAAUAACAGAUGACACUACCACCUCCACAAUAACAGAUGACACCACCACCUCCACAAUAACAGUUGACACAACCACAUCCACAAUAACAGAUGACACCACUUUCACAAUAACAGAUGACACCACAACCUCCACAGUAACAGAUGACACAACCACUUCCACAAUAACAGAUGACACCACAAUCUCCACAGUAACAGAUGACACCACCACCUCCACAGUAACAGAUGACACCACCACUUCCACAAUAACAGUUGACACCACCACCUCCACAAUAACAGAUGACACCACCACCUCCACAAUAACAGAUGACACCACCACCUCCACAGUAACAGAUGACACCACCACUUCCACAAUAACAGUUGACACCACCACCUCCACAGUAACAGAUGACACCACCACUUCCACAAUAACAGAUGACACCACCACCUCCACAGUAACAGAUGACACCGCCACCUCCACAAUGACAGAUGACACCACCACCUCCACAAUAACAGAUGACACCGCCACCUCCACAAUAACAGAUGACACCACCACUUCCACAAUAACAGAUGACACCACAACUUCCACAAUAACAGAUGACACUACCACCUCUACAAUGAUAGAUGACACCAUCACCUCCACAAUAACAGAUGACUCCACAACCUCCACAGUAACAGAUGACACCACAACCUCCAUGAUAACAGAUGACACCACAACCUCCACAAUAAUAGAUGACACUACAACCUCCACAGCAACAGAUGACACAACCACCUCCACAAUAACAGAUGACACCACCACUUCCACAAUAACAGUUGACACCACCACCUCCGCAGUAACAGAUGACACUACCACCUCCACAAUAACAGAUGACACUACCGCCUCCACAAUGACAGAUGACACCACAAUAACAGAUGACACUACCAUAACAGAUGACACCACCACCUCCACAAUAACAGAUGACACCACCACUUCCGCAAUAACAGAUGACACCACCAUCUCCACAAUAACAGUUGACACCACCACCUCCACAGUAACAGAUGACGCCACAACCUCCACAAUAACAGUUGACACCACCACCUCCACAGUAACAGAUGACACCACCACCUCCACAGUAACAGAUGACACCACAACCUCCACAGUAACAGAUGACACCACCACCUCCACAAUGACAGAUGACACCACCACCUCCACAGUAACAGAUGACACCACCACCUCCACAAUAACAGAUGACACCACCACCUCCACAGUAAAAGAUGACACCACAACCUCCACAAUAACAGAUGACACCACCACCUUCAUAAUAACAGAUAACACAACCACCUCCACAAUGGCACAGUUAACUUUACAACAACAAAGGACACAGUGA